AUGAUUAAUGGAUUUUUACCUGCAAAUUUCACUUAUUACCCUAUGUUGCGGUCUCUGGGAGUGAGUUACAACGAGUUACGUGGACCGAUCCUGAAAAAGUACAGCAAGAAGGGCUCAUUACAGAGUAGGACCCCAAACUGUUCGCAAGCUGCAACCCUCUAUAACCGCGGCCCGCCUUCGCCGAUUUCUUUCUGUGGCUCUGCAUCCAUGUUACAGCCGAGCAUUCGAGGUCUUGUUGUGCCAGAUGUCCCUCUGGAGGAGACAGAGGUAUUGAGAAAGGAAGCUGCUAAUAACAACGUGGAAUUGGUUCUGCUCACAACACCCACCACUCCUAUGCCGCGAAUGAAAGCCAUCGUUGAAGCUUCAGAAGGAUUCGUCUAUGCAGAUAGCAUUUCUGGGAAAACUAUGCAGAUCUUUGUGAAAACCCUAACCGGUAAGAUGAUUACUCUUGAGGUUGAGAGUUCCGAUAUAAUUGAUAAUGUGAAGGACAAGAUCCAAGACAAGGAGGGCAUCCCGCCAGACCAGCAGCGGCUUAUUUUUGUUGGAAAACAGUUGGAGGACGGUAGAACCCUAGCCGAUUACAACAUUCAAAAGGAGUCUACUCUGCAUCUUGUCCUCCGCCUCCGUGGCGGCGGAACUUGGAGGAUCCCUUUCGUUGCUAAUCACUUGGUGAAAAAAAUUUCGCAGCUUAACCAAAAAGCGGAGAAGGAAUUGAUAAAAACCUGGUCCCGGGGUUCUACUAUUAUUCCUGAAAUGGUGGGCCAUAGGAUUGCUGUUUACAAUGGUAAGAAACACGUGCCUUUUCGUAUAUCAGAGCAGAUGGUUGGCCAUAAAUUGGGAGAACUUCGCCCUCGUCGUCAAGCAAGAAGAGAAAGAGAAGUUCAGCAGAAGAAGGGAACGAAGAAGAAAUGA